UCUAUGUCAACACUGCUACAGCCUCUCUACACGGCUCUCUUGACCCGGCCUCCCUCCCAUCUAGUCCCCAGCAGAGCCCACCGUCAGACUCUCUUGUGCAUCUCUGCUGAGGCUUCUUUUCGUCGCGAAUUUCUCUUCAGACGCGACAACCAAAAACUGACGCGACCAGCUGCCACCACCCACAUCUACCAGCAUCCAUCCAAUGCCAGGCAGCAAGAGGCCCUUCCAGGAUAUCACAGACACCUCAGUCAAUCAACUCGCAGGUUCCUCCGAUUCCAAACACAAGCGACGGCCAAGACAGAUCCAGCAGUCGCUGCAAUGUCCACGUCGCGCCCCCUUCAAUAGACGCGCCCUCGAACGCUCCCUUCAUGGCCGUAUUCCCUACUCAGCAGCCUAUGCAGAUCUAUCGCUCGACAGUCUUGCUUUGUAUUGCCGUCCCUCAGAUGUCAAGGAAAUCCUUCACGAAGACAGUCUGCAUAUCCCCUUUGCAGUUGCCACUGCCAAUACUUGCACACUCGCCGCAACGGCCGAUGAGCCUGGUGUUGUGCGCAUCUUUGACCACAGUGCGAGUCCGGCACAUUGUAAAAAUGGCAUGAGUGCACACUGUGCGCUUGAAUCUGUGCCUCUGUUCAGCUUGCCCAUGCACAACAAUGCCAUCUUUGACUUGGCGUGGUCGCAAGACGACAAGCUGCUUGCAACAGCUUCAGGGGACCAGACCAUUCAUAUUCUGGAUGUACAGACCCAAACUGUCCUGACGACUUUGCAAGGCCAUACCUCCACCGUCAAGCAGGUUCAAUUUGACCCGGCCUACAACAAUGGCAAUCGCCUCGUCUCUGGUGGGCGCGAUGGUCGCGUCUGCAUCUGGGACUUGCGAGAUAGAAUGCCCAAUGCAAGUGGUCUUGCAAUCCAUGCACCCGCUCAAGCCAUGGAUGCCGCUCACGGCCACACGGAAUCCGUCAAGCAUGCUAAAUCAAGCAGACGUGCACAAAUUCCAGCCGUGAGUAUUACAGCGCUCGCAUUGCUUCCGUCAGGCAACUUGAUGACUUCUGCUGCAAGUGGCUCGAACCUGCUGACAUGGGAUCCACGCAUGUUUCCAACAUGGCCUACCGCUGCCUUGUCUAGUCAAGCACGACAGCGUGCUAUGAUAAAGUCACUGGUGGGCAAGACUGCUGCUGUUCGGUCCCUCAACAGGCCAGCGAGGAGCUAUGGCGUUGCAUCCAUGGCCUUAUCAGAUGACAAGCACACAGUCUAUGCAAUGAGUAGGGAUAGCAAGAUUCAUGCCUAUUCAACAGCUCACCCGGAUGCUGGACCACAACAGACAUGGCAAAUUCCAGAGAUGCGUGUUGAGUCGUUUUACUGCAAGAUUGAUGUCUCGAACGAUGGAUUCCUGGCGUGUGGCAAUACCUCUGGGUCACCUGUGAUUAUUGAUACGCGCUACAGCGAAGAGGCUGUGGUGGACGUCUAUGGAGACAAGAUGCAGGAGCGAACAUCGACACUGGCACGGACACUCUCCGACUUUGACCAAGCAUCUCGCACGCCCCCUGUGGUCGUUAACACUGACACGGCAAGGCCUCAGCAACGAACUGCUGGGUACAGGAUGCUGAAGAAUGCGCAUGCAGCAGAAUGCACGUCCGUGUCGUGGUCGCAUGAUGGCCAGGCACUGUUGACGAUUGGCGAUGAUUGUAUAAUGCGGACCUGGCGACGGGACUUGACGAGGAGGGUGGAGCGAGAACGGCUGGCCCUUGACUAUGGCGAAGAAAGCAGCUGGGGGUGCAUGGAGACGAUGCCUGUAUAACUACUGCAUCACUACUGUAUAACUACUGUCUAUUUACUGUGUACUAACUG